UCCUGAAGGGCAUCAGAUGAGAGCAGGAGAGGUGUAGGCAAGGAGCUCGCUGAGCCCAGUCUGCUUCUCUGCAUUGUCCCCCCCUAAAAAAAAAAAAAAUCCGCUGACCUUCCUGAGCAUGGAAAGCAAACUGAACUCAUCAUCUAACAGCAGGGACGACGGCAAUAACGUAUUCCAGGGGAAAGCUGAGAAAAGUCUGACUGCCAGCAGUUCCAGUGUGAAGGAGCAUGGAAACUCUGUGUGCUUUAAAACGGAUGGCGAGGACCCUGUGGUGGGCUUCGAAGAUGCAGAGGGGCCCAACAGGCAGUAUGGGUUCAUGCAGAGGCAGUUCAGCUCCUUGCUGCAGCCAGGAGUCAAUAAAUUCUCUCUUCGAAUGUUUGGCAGCCAAAAGGCAGUGGAGAAGGAACAGGAAAGGGUUAAAACUGCAGGAGUGUGGAUCAUACAUCCUUAUAGUGAUUUCAGGUUUUACUGGGACCUGAUAAUGCUCAUCAUGAUGGUUGGAAACCUUGUCAUCAUACCAGUCGGAAUAACUUUCUUCACAGAACAAACAACAACGCCAUGGAUUAUCUUUAAUGUCGCAUCUGACACAGUAUUUUUAUUUGACUUAUUCAUGAAUUUUAGAACUGGUAUUGUCAUUGAAGACAAUUCUGAGAUAAUACUAGAUCCAAAAGUCAUAAAAAUGAAUUAUUUGAAGAGCUGGUUUGUAGUUGAUUUUAUCUCCUCAAUUCCAGUGGAUUAUAUCUUUCUCAUUGUAGAGAAAGGAAUGGAUUCAGAAGUCUACAAGACCGCUCGAGCACUCCGCAUCGUGAGAUUUACAAAAAUACUCAGUUUACUGCGCCUCCUAAGACUUUCCAGAUUAAUUAGAUACAUUCAUCAGUGGGAAGAGAUUUUCCACAUGACCUACGACCUGGCUAGUGCUGUUGUCAGAAUUUUUAAUCUCAUUGGAAUGAUGUUGCUGCUUUGUCACUGGGAUGGUUGUCUCCAAUUUCUUGUUCCAUUACUUCAGGAAUUUCCCCAAGACUGCUGGGUCUCCUUGAAUAAUAUGGUGAAUGACUCCUGGGGAAAACAGUAUUCGUAUGCACUCUUUAAAGCCAUGAGCCAUAUGCUGUGCAUUGGUUAUGGGGCCCGAGCUCCGGUCAGCAUGUCCGAUUUAUGGAUAACAAUGUUGAGCAUGAUUGUGGGAGCUACAUGUUAUGCCAUGUUUGUUGGCCAUGCGACAGCCUUAAUCCAGUCCUUAGAUUCUUCACGUCGUCAAUAUCAAGAAAAGUACAAACAAGUAGAGCAAUACAUGUCGUUUCACAAACUGCCUUCUGACAUGAGACAGAAGAUACACGAUUAUUAUGAGCACAGAUAUCAAGGAAAAAUAUUUGAUGAAGACAAUAUUCUAAGUGAACUCAAUGAUCCACUGAGAGAGGAGAUAGUAAACUUCAACUGUCGGAAACUUGUUGCUACAAUGCCUCUGUUUGCUAAUGCAGACCCCAACUUUGUCACAGCUAUGCUGAGCAAACUGAGGUUUGAGGUUUUCCAGCCCGGAGAUUAUAUUAUCCGUGAAGGAGCAGUUGGAAAGAAGAUGUACUUUAUUCAGCAUGGUGUUGCUGGUGUCAUAACUAAAUCCAGCAGAGAAAUGAAGUUAACUGAUGGCUCAUAUUUUGGAGAGAUUUGUCUUCUGACAAAAGGUCGUCGAACUGCAAGUGUCAGAGCUGAGACAUAUUGCCGUCUGUAUUCCUUGUCUGUGGAGAAUUUUAAUGAAGUACUGGAAGAAUACCCAAUGAUGAGAAGAGCAUUCGAAACUGUGGCCAUUGACAGAUUAGACAGGAUAGGGAAGAAGAACUCAAUUCUUCAGCAAAGAUUUCAAAAGGACCUCAACACAGGAGUAUUCAACAAUCAAGAGAGCGAGAUUCUGAAGCAGAUAGUGAAACAAGAUCGGGAGAUGGUGGAAGGAAUUCCCUCAGUUAGCUACCAACAAAUUCCAGCUCUUAAUUCUAGCACCAACUCAUCAUUAAGAAUGAGGACCCAAUCUCCACCUGUUUAUACGGCAAAUAGCCUGUCUCAUGGAAACCUGCAAUCUCCAACACCAAGUCCACAGACACCACAACAGGUUGCUGUUUUUUCACCUUCAUCUUUUACGGCAGCAGCCUGUAGUCCUUCUGUACAAAGUCCACUGGCAGGUCGGACAUUUAAUUACAGUUCUCCAACUGCUUCACAACUUUCAUUGUUGCAGCAACAGCAACAGGCACCUGGAUCAACACAGAGUAAUGAAGUACACAAGAGCGCUCAAACACUUCAAAACUCUAACCUAUCAAGAGAAGUGAGGCCUCUUUCUGCCUCACAGCCUUCAUUGCCCCAUGAGAUUUCUACUUUAGUGGCUAGACCACAUCCAACAGUAGGAGAAUCUUUGGCAUCUCUCCCACAACCCACGUCAAAUGUACAAGCUACCGGAACUCAAUCUGGAAAUCGGAGCAAUGUCCCUCCAAGCGUGACCCUAUUUCGCCAGAUGUCCUCAGGAGCUCUACCUCCAGCAAGAGCUGGAACACCAACACAACCACAACCAACUCUAGCACCCAGUAAGGAUUCCUCUACACCAACCACAGACACAGACACAGAUAAACCACGAUAUGCUUCAAAUUUAUGAUGCCUAUUACGUGUACAUACUGCCAGCACUGUAAUAAACUGAAACUAUCCCAAAAACGAUUUUAACUUAUAGAUUCAUAGUAUCUAAAAUGAAGAAAUAUUUUAGAUGGUUUUACCAUGCAUAAAGAAUGUAAAAAUAUCUAAAAAAAAAAAAUACUAUACAAACUGUUUAGCACUAAAACUUCCAUGAAU